GACGCUCUGGCCGCUUCCGCUCCGUCUCGGUAGUCCUGGGAACGGCUCUGGCCGAUCCCGCCCCGUCUCGUUGGCCCCUCGGCGGCGAUGGCGGCUCUGGUGGCCCUCGGGGCUGCCCCGGUCGCCAAAAUCUUCUCCACGAUGGAGGAGGGACCGAUCCCCGCGGGGAUCAACCCGGGAGAAGCGUGGCUGGAGUCCCAUGGCCGCAGCCUCGGACACUUCGUGGCCGGAACGUGGCUGAAGCCACCGGGAAGGAUGAGCCUGGAGUGCCGGGAGGCCGCCACGGGCCGGACGGUGGCUGUGGUGCCGGCGGGGGACAGCUCGGACCUGGCCGCGGCUGUGGCGGCGGCGGCGGCGGCGGCCGAGGCCUGGGCAGGGCUGGGCAGGCCCGAGCGGGGGCAGCGCCUGACCCGGCUGGCCACCACACUGGACGGUGACCGCAGGGGGACAAUGGGGGCCCUGCUGGCCCUGGCCGGAGGGCGGCCACUCAGCCGGACCCUCGGGGCCGACCUGGACCUGGGGCUGCGGCUGCUUCAGGUGCCCGCAGGGGGGGCCCAGCUCGGCCCACCUGGCCUGGAGGGCUGGACCCCACUGGGGGUGGUGGCUGUGGUCCUGGCAGGUCCCUGCUCGCUGUCAGCGCUGCUCUGGAAACUGGGGCCACUCCUCGCCAUGGGGAACACGGCCCUGGUACUGUCCUCUCCGGCCGCUGCCCCUCCACUGCUGCUGCUGGGGGAACUGAGCGGGGAGGGGGCAGCGCUGCCCCCCGGGGUCCUCAACGUCCUGGCCGGACCCCCGGGGCUGUGCCAGGCCUUGCGUGCCCACCCUGAGGUCACUUCUGUCACCUUCCUGGGAGCAUCACAGGAGGAGCUGCAGGCACUGGUCUGGGGGUCCCCAUGCCGAGGGCCGCGCCUGGGUGGUCCCCGUGGUGGCCGUGUCGUGGUCAUCGUGCUGGACUCGGCCGACCUGGACAGCGCUGCUGCUGCCAUCGCCGCCACAGCCGCCACUCCCCCUGCACUGUUCCCGUGGGGGGGCUGCGUGGUGCUGGCCCAGGACGCGGUGGCGGCAGCGCUGGAGCGGCGGCUCCGGGCCCGGCUCGGGGCCCUGCGAGUUGGAGACCCCCUGGACCCCAAAACCGAGGUGGGGCCGCUGCCCCCCGGGACCCCCCUGCCCGAGGGGGUGGUGCAGGAGGCGCAUGAAGAGGGGGCGCAGGUUUUCCAGGUGCCGCUGCCGCCGCUGCCGGAGGGGGGGCAUCGUUUCUAUCCCCCCACGCUGAUCUCGGGGGCAGCCCUGACCUCAUGCUGCCUGCGGGAGCCGGCCCCAGGGCCGCUGCUGGUGCUGCUGCCCGUGCGCAGUCCCAACGAGGCCGUGGCCGUGGCCUCGGCGCUGCCCCAAACUGUGGCUGCCGCCGUCUGGGCCCAGGACGUCACUGUGGCCUUGGACACUGCAGACAGGCUGCCCCAGGGGCUGGUGUGGCUCAACGCCCUGGACCUGUUGGACCCCAGUGGGGGCUGCGCUGGGGGGGCCAUGGACACUGACCUGGAUGAGGCGCUGCGAGAGUUCGGGUGCCCCCCCUGGGAACAGCCCCCCGAGGUGGAUGAGCCGCUCAGCCCGCUGGUGACCGCGGAUGACCCCAGCGAUCCCGACCUGGCUCAGGCCGUGGCCGCGGCCCGCGGGGCCGCCCCGGGGUGGGGGCGGCUGCCGGGGGCGUCUCGGGCCCGGGUGCUGCGGGGGGCGGCGGCCGCGCUGGGGGGGACACACGGGACCCCCAAGGACGGCGACAGCGGCGACACCGACGGGAGCCUGCGGAGGGCGCUGCUGCGCUGGGCGGCGCGCGCGGAGCGCGUGGGCGGGGCCGUGCAGGAGGUGCCCGGGGGGCGCGCGCUGGUGACGCGCAGGCCCCUGGGCGUGGUGGGCGUGGCCUGGGGCUGGCCCCGCCCCCUGCCGCUGGAGCUCCUCCCCCCGGCGCUCGCGCUCGGAAACUGCCUCGUGGUGGCGGCGCCCCCUGGCGGCGCCGGUCCCGUUCAGCGGCUACGGAAGGCUCUGGUGGCCGCGGGGCUCCCGGGGGGGGCCCUGGUGGUGCUUCCCGGGAAUUCCCGGGGGUCCGGCUCGCGCCUGGCACGACAGCACCCGGACGGGCUGUGGCUCUGUGGGACGGACGCGGACUGCGACUGGGCCUCUGCCGUGAGUGUCCCCCGCGUUUGGGGGGUCCCCGCGGGACUCCUGGGGGCUGGGGGGCAGGACCCCCCUCCCGGCGCCGAGCGGGAGCUGGAGCUGCGCUGCACCCGCCCCCACUGUCUGUGGCUGCCGGGAGGGGGUCCCUGAGACCCCCCCCAGAACGCCCCAAACCUGCGGGGAUUUCAGACCUCACACUGUGCCCCCAACCCGCGAUCCCCACCCCAAUAAACCGCUCCGACCGCA